AUGGAACGCCUCGAAAAUCAUGAACCGCGCAUGGGAACAGCUGACAGACGUCCGAUAGAUCCACCUCCAAUAGUCCAGUUAAAAGUCCAUGAUCCUACCUUGCCGCAAGCCGAAAAAAGUUCAUUCCUUCAGAAUCCUUAUUUUUUCAUGUAUGCAUCUCUAAUGGCUGCCGAUACAAAUGAAGAAUUACAUUUACUCCGAGAUGGCAAGACUCGUUCUACGACCGGUUCCGUUGUUUCCUCUUUAUAUCAUCUUAAAGAUAUUGAUAACUCGGAUGCCGGAUUUUUCGUAUUUCCCGAUUUAUCUGUACGCAUGGAAGGAACAUAUCGUUUAAAGCUAAGUCUUUUUGAAAUAAUUGAUCGUGAAGUAUAUCACUGUAAAUCAAUAUUUUCUGAAAUAUUUAUUGUAUAUUCAGCAAAAAGAUUUCCGGGGAUGGAAGAAUCAACGUUUUUAUCAAGAUCUUUUGCUGAUCAAGGUUUAAAAAUCAGAAUAAGGAAGGAGAUUAGGAUACGAAGGCGGUUAGCUAAAAGAAAAGAAUUAGAACCGAUAGAAAGUGCUGAUGCAAAUAGGAUGAAACGUGCACGUGGUGAUGACAGAUUCGAUAAUGAUAGUCAUGAAUCUUCCGACUUAGAAAUAAUAGAUCGUACUCAACCUACAGAUGAAAUACGUUCUAAGAGGACUCCUGAUUUAACUGAACGACGAAAAGAUCAUUCAAAUAAAAGCCCAUCAUCGUCUUACAUUCGAGGUCCAUAUGAUCAUGUACCUCAUAUGGGUCCAUAUGAUCAUAAUGUGCCUCUGUACGGACCUGGAUAUCCACCACACCGACCUAUUUCAUGGCACGACCGUCCAGAAUAUAUGAGUGAUCCACAUUACCCCCCUUAUUAUGAUCUAUAUGAUAGAAGAUAUGGUUAUCAUCCUUAUUAUUACCCUCCACCGUUACCUGAUGGUGCGGAUCAUCAUCGUUAUCCAUAUCCUCCUCCACCAACUUAUGGUAGGCCACCAAUUUAUCCAAGUCAGCCUGGAUAUUACGAUGCACCACCGAGGAUACCUCAUUCCUCAAACGAAUCUCCGGGCACCUCUAGGCCUUAUGGAUAUGGAAUAUCAAAUCCUUACCCUCCGCCGCGUCCAUGGUCGCAUUAUGGUGAACGUCCAUCUCCGAGAGAUCAUAAUUCUGAAUCCUCAUCUUCUUCCCCGUAUCGGAAUGCACCAUCCCCUAUGCCUCCACGUCAUUCAAUGUAUUCAUAUCCUGAAUAUUAUCAUACGUAUCCGCCUCCACCACCGAAACAGGAUUACGGUCAAAAUGAUCCUGUUUCGAGUCAAAAUGGAUCUGCUAAAAUUCCUAUCCAGGAUCUUUUAUUUACCGAACAGCAACAAUUACAACCAAAUGAACGCGCUACCGGAGGUGUCCCCCCACCUCGCUCAUUCGGUGCUCCGCCAUCUGCCUUUGCUCAUCUUUACCCUCAUCCUGGUCGUCCUCACGAAUAUCCAUCACGACAUGAUAUGUACAAUCAUUCUCGAUAUUCACACGAUGUUGGUUAUCCACCUCAUGAAAGUUUGCCACAUUAUGGUCAAAAUGUUACCUCUCAUUCACCAAGCCUUGCAAGUGCAAAAGCUAUACCACCAUCUACAACAUUGCAAUCUCAAGAUUCUACACAUCCCACACAUCCUACGCGUUCUCCAACGACUUCAGUAUCAACGAUCCCACCAAUAUCUUCAAGAUCUGAUGCUUCUAUGCACGCAAGUCGAAGUACGGAAUACAACCAAUACGAUCAUACACGUCGAUCAUUCUCUAGUGAGAAAUCAUCUGAUGGCAAUUCGGGAACAGUAACGCCUUCCAGUGCAACAUCACCCCAGCAGCCUUCAGUUUAUAACGGUGGACCCGUGAUUCCGACAGCAUCGCGUUCUAAAUCAUCAUUAGUAUCGUUACCUUCAUUGACUCCUUUAAGCAUUUCCGACCGUACUGAUCAAUAUGCAAGAAGUUCCUCCA